AUGCGCAAAAACGGUCCGGGUGGGGAAAAAGAACGCGCAUGCCAAGUGGGGCCGGCAGAAGCUGCUCCUGCCCUUUCGCGUCAUGGCGGCGAUGGAGGCGAGCAAGAUGGCGUCGCCCAAGAGCGCCCCUAAAGAUGCCCAGGUGAUGGCCCAGAUCUUGAAAGAUAUGGGGAUUGCAGAGUAUGAGCCACGGGUUAUAAAUCAGAUGCUGGAGUUUGCAUACCGUUACGUGACGACUAUCUUGGAAGAUGCCAAAAUUUAUUCCAGCCAUGCCAAGAAGUCCAGUGUCGAUGCGGAUGAUGUGAGGUUGGCUAUCCAGUGCCGGACGGAUCAGUCGUUCACCUCUCCCCCUCCCAGAGAUUUUUUGCUGGACAUUGCCCGGCAGAAGAACCAGAUGCCGCUGCCGCUAAUUAAGCCAUACUCGGGCCCCCGGCUGCCCCCAGAUAGGUACUGCCUGACAGCGCCCAACUACAAACUGAAGUCCUUGCAGAAAAAGGUCUCUUCCUCCGCUGGAAGGAUAACCGUGCCACGACUGAGCGUCGGAGCAGUCACGAGCAGGCCCAGCACCCCAACUCUAGGUACUGUUCGGCAGCUCAGAGGAGUUGUGCUCCCAUAUUGCUGUGUCCUCCUUGUGUGA